UGAUGUUAUCACUGCACUACAGCAUAAACAAGAACAUAACCCAAUAGUUUUCAUAAAAUAUUGAUUUUAUUUUAUUUAUAAACCUAAAUAAACAAUUAAAAUGAGUGAAACGCAUGAAACUAUUAAUGAUGAUGAUGUAAAAGUUGAAAUUAAGUUUAAAAAGCGCGGGAAUAAAAAUCUACGACGAAAAAUCAAAGAAGAUUCAGAAGAUGACGAAGAUGAAGUCAGACCACAAAUUGAUGAUUUGAAAGAAAUACAAAAUCUUAGGAAAAGACAAAAUGGAGUCAGUCUUGUAGGAUUAGCUCUAGGUACAAAACUAAACAAGGAAGAAGAAAAUAAAAACACUGCACAUACUGGUGGAAUGGUAAACAUGCAUGCACUGAAAACAGGCAAACUGAAAACCAAUGAUGAGUAUGACACUGGAAUAGGCACACAAUUCUCAGUUGAGACCAACAAGCGAGAUGAAGAUGAAGAAAUGAUGAAAUACAUUGAAGACCAGCUGACAAAACGCAAAGGUGGCGUUUCAGAUGGAACUCCAGAUGCAAAAGAUGAUCAUUUAAUGUACAAAAGUCCAGAAGAAGCUGCUUUACAAGCUGUGCCCAAACAUCUAAGAGAAUCAUCUGCACAGAGAUCAGAAGAAAUGUUAUCCAAUCAAAUGCUGAGUGGUAUUCCAGAAGUAGAUCUUGGAAUUGAAGCAAAAAUUCGAAAUAUUGAAGCCACAGAAGACGCGAAACUGAAAUUACUGAGAGAAAGCUUGCAGAAAAAAGAUGGACCAUCACAGUUUGUUCCAAGUAACAUGGCUGUUAAUUUUAUACAACAUAACAGAUUUAGCGUCGAUGACGCGCAGAAGAAACGAAAACAACAGCAACAAAACGAUUCCAAUAAAGAAAAAGGUAAACCGGACAAAGCCACGGACGAUUUUCAUUAUGAACGAUUCAAAAAACAAUUCAGAAAGCACUAAAUUAAUAAAUAUAAUUUAUAUCUUUUAAA